AUGUUUUCAAAACAGUUUGCAAAGCUGCGGACGGGCUUCAGUGCUCAAAAGCUUUACACUCCAACAGUGAGGACAGAUGGGAUAUUUCGAUUCUUUGUGGCGCGAGCUGCCAAACCAAUAGUAACAAGACCCAGUUCCAUUCUUCAUUCGGCUAGGUCUUAUGCUACAUAUCGGUCAUUUGAUAACUCCUCACCACUGCUUUCCUUAAAAUCUGGUAAUAGAACAAAACAAAUUCAAUGGGUUGGAGCAGCGACCAUAGUAAUCGGUAUAUUUUAUAUAUCCAAUCUAGAGGAAGCACCUUACUCACAUCGGAGUCGGUUUAUGAUCGUUAGUCCUAAACUAGAAGCAUUUGUGGGAAGUCAAGGAUACGAAGAAACUUUGGCUCAAUAUCGUCCAUAUUUAUUACCAGAGAACCAUCCUGAUGUAAAGAGGGUGAAGAAAGUAAUGAAACGAAUUAUUAAUGUGUCGAAUUUGGAACAUUUAGACUGGAAGGUUCACGUCAUCAAUGACCCCAAAAGCCCACCAAAUGCAUUUGUUCUUCCUGGUGGCAAGGUUUUUGUGUUUAGCUCAAUCCUUCCAAUUUGUAAGGAUGAGGAUGGGCUUGCAACCGUACUAUCGCAUGAAACUGCACAUCAAGUUGCUCGCCACACUGCUGAGCAUUUAUCAAAAGCCCCUAUCUAUAUUAUAUUGGGUCUUAUUCUAUAUACAAUUACCGGAUCCUCGCAAUUAAAUCAGCUAUUGAUAUCAGGGCUACUGAAGUUACCUGCGAGCAGAGAAAUGGAGCGAGAAGCUGAUUAUAUUGGACUAAUGAUGAUGGGGAAGGCAUGCUUCAAUCCAGGAGAAGCUGUGCAUCUCUGGGAACGCAUGACUGAAUUCGAGAAAGCUAUUACUUCUGGCCGACUUCAUAGUUCGCCUGGUGGUAUGGUGCCUGAAUUUUUGUCUACCCAUCCCUCUAGUCAAAAUCGUAUCCAAUUUAUCCGCUCUGCCUUACCAGAAGCAGAACAGCUCAAAGAUCAAGCUGGAUGCUAUAACUACAGCGGCCUAGUUCCUACAUUUAUGGAGCGAUCUCGUUGGUAA